AUGUCGGAAACGCAAUGGGUACCAAAGAUUACGAAACCAGAGGACCUCUAUGGCUAUCGGUUGUUUUUGUACCAAAAGGUUCAAGGAAAGUAUAUUGAAGAUGUGAUCAAAUGUGGGAAAGACAGAUUUCGAACAGAAAUUGAGUCACUGAGUGAAUACAAAAAUGAAAAAUUCGGAGAAAUCUUACUUCAUUGUUUGGAAGUUGAAUGUAGAAUAAUUGUUUCUCAAAAAACGGCGGCUGAAGAUAUCUUAUCCAAAAAACCCUUCUUUUCUUCACGAGGACGUUACGAUUCUGGAGAAGCACUAGCCAAUGAAUAUCUCGCUAGAAUCUUCCAACGUGCCUUGAUUGAAAUGAAGCAGCAAUUCAGCCAGUUGAAAAAGAUUCUGACAGGAAAAGAAUUCGACAAGUCGAAAAACUUAAGGAACAUUUUGAUAUUGUUGGCUUAUCUUAUGUUCUUGUGUCUCUACAUCACGGAUAAAAUGUGUUGGACGGUAAAGACAAACUCACAAUCGUUUCCCGAAGAAACGAAAACUCGUUUUCAUUCGGAUUGCAUUCAAUUUGAAACUAUAAUUGAUAGUAUUCCAUACAGUGAUUGGGUAUCGGAGUUAACUGAUGAAGAUGAGAAGGAUCCUUUUUCUAAACGUAUUGAAAGAUUUGAAAAACUGAAUAAGGAAUUCGAAGAGAGUAAGAAGACAUAUAUCUUAGGCUUGCAAGAAAUAACUGAAAAGGAAGUCAAUCGUUUGGUAAAUUAUGAGAACUACCCAAGGCUGCCACUGAUCACCAAACCAAAGGACCUCAAUGGCCAUCGAUUUUUUGUGUACCAAAAGGUUCAAGGAAAGUAUAUUGAAGAUGUGAUCAAAUGUGGGAAAGACAGGUUUCGAACAGAAAUGGAGUCACUGAGUACAAAUCAAAAUGAAGAAAUCGGUGAAAUAUUGAUUCGAUAUUUGGAAGUUGAAUUCAAAAUAAUUCGUUAUCAAAAAACGACGGCUGAAGACAUCUUAUCUGAAGAAGACUUCUCUUCUCGAUUCGAUUCCUGUUGGGAAAUUCUAAGAGGAAAGAUUUAUGAAAACCAUGUUAAACGUGCAUUGAUUGAAAUGAAGCAACAAUUCAGCCAGUUGAAAAGCAUUCUGACGGAAAAAGAAUUCGACAAGUCGAAAAGCUUAAGGAACAUUUUGAUAUUGUUGGCUUAUCUUAUGUUUUCGUGUCAGAACGUCUGCAGAAGUCGUUAUUUUAAUAGAGAGGAGCACGAAGACAAGAUUCCAGCCAUAACUUGCCAUGCGUGGGUCCUGGAAAUUCUAUUCCAACUGGAAUUUCAACUGACAAACUCACAAUCGUUUCCCGAAGAAACGAAAGCUCGUUUUCAUUCGGACUGCAUUCGAUUCGAAACAAUAAUUGAUAGCAUGACUUUUUCUGAGGAAAUGGAGAAAUUGACUAUAACUGAAAAGGAAAUUUUUUGUAAAACACAUAGCGACAUGGUAGAAAAACUGGAAAAGGAAAGAGAAGGAUAG